GUAGCGAUCGUGACAGGUUCUUAGUUGAGACGUGUCUGUUGGUCGGUUCGGUCCGCAAGUGUCCGCGACCCCUUUUGUGGCCAGUCAGGACCCCCUGCUUUAGCGAGGGUACUACACAUCGACCAUGUCAUCGAAGGAGCUUUACGUAAAGGACGCCCGAGUAUGGAUACCGCACCCAGAAACGGUCUGGGAGGGGGCCGUGGUGGCGCAGGAUUACAACACAAACGACAAACAGCUCCAGCUAGUCACCGACCGGGGUGUACCGCACACGGUGCAGCUGAAGAGUGCCGACGACUUGCCACCGCUGCGCAAUCCGGCCAUCCUGAUCGGCCAGAAUGAUCUCACCGCGCUGUCCUAUCUGCACGAGCCGGACGUGCUGUACAAUCUGGAGGUGCGGUUUUGCGACCGCCAGGCCAUCUACACCUACUGCGGCAUCGUGCUGGUGGCCAUCAAUCCGUACGCCGAGCUGCCCCUGUACGGUGCCGACCUGAUACGGGCGUACCGGGGGCAUGCCAUGGGCGAGCUGGAGCCGCACAUCUUCGCCGUGUCGGAGGAGGCGUACGCCAAGCUGGAGCGCGAGAAGUGCGACAUCAGCAUCAUCGUUAGCGGCGAGUCGGGGGCGGGCAAAACGGUGUCGGCCAAGUACGCCAUGCGCUACUUUGCCGCCGUUGGUGGCAGCGAGUCGGAGACGCAGAUCGAAAAGAAGGUGCUGGCGAGCAGCCCGAUCAUGGAGGCGAUCGGGAACGCGAAAACGACCCGCAACGACAACAGCUCCCGGUUCGGCAAGUUUACCAAACUGCUGUUCCUGGACAACCACACGAAGGCGCUGACGGGGGGCACGAUGCAGACGUACCUACUGGAGAAGUCGCGCGUUGUCUUUCAAGCGCCGGGCGAGCGGAACUAUCACAUCUUCUACCAGCUGUGCGCCGGGCGGGACCGGUGGCCGGAACUGAUGCUGGACCAUCAGGACAAGUUUCACUUUCUCAACCAGGGCGCGUCGCCCAACAUUAGCAAGCUGUCCGAUCGGGACCAGUUCGACGAUACGCUGAACGCGCUGCGCACGCUCGGCUUCGAUGACGGCGAGCUGGGGGAUAUCUUGAAGGUGGUCGCCUCGGUGCUGCACCUGGGCAAUGUGGUGUUCAGCCACCGGCAGAAGAGCCAAACGAGCCAGGAGGUGGACAGCGAGGCGUGUUCGAUUGCGAGCAACGAUCUGCAUCUGAACGUGUUCUGUGACAUUCUGCAGCUGGACCGGGCGGAGCUGCGCAAGUGGCUUGUGACACGCCAGAUCGAAUCGAUGAACGACAGUGUGCUGAUACCGAUGAACAAGCAGACGGCGGAGGCAACGAGGGACGCAUUGGCAAAGCACAUCUACGCCGAGCUGUUCCAGCACAUCGUGCAGAAGAUCAACCGCAAUCUGGCCGGGAGCAAGAAACAAACCUGUUGCUUUAUUGGUGUGCUCGAUAUCUACGGCUUCGAAACGUUCGACAUAAACUCGUUCGAGCAGUUCUGCAUCAACUACGCCAACGAGAAGCUCCAGCAGCAGUUCAACCAGCACGUGUUCAAGCUGGAACAGGAGCAGUAUCUGCGCGAGGGCAUCGAGUGGAAGAUGAUCGACUUCUACGACAACCAGCCGUGCAUCGAUCUGAUCGAGGCGAAGCUCGGCAUACUGGACCUGCUGGACGAGGAGUGCCGGAUGCCGCGCGGCAGCGACGAAUCGUGGGUCGGCAAGCUGAUGGAGAAGUGCGCCGGCAAGUACAAGCACUUCGAGAGGCCGCGCUUCGGCAACAGUGCGUUCUUGAUACGCCACUUCUCCGACACGGUGCAGUACGAAUCGUGCGGCUUCCUCGAGAAGAACCGUGAUACCGUCUCGCGGGAGCUGGUAAGUGUGCUGAAGGCGUCCGGGAUGCGAUUGUGCCAGCGGCUUAUGGUUGCACAGGAGGAGGGUCACCAGGACGUGACCCAACCGGUGGCCGGGGUGAAGAUUAUGGUCAGUGCGGCACGAGCUCAGCAAUCGUUGGAGAAAAAGAAAAAGCCGAUGACUCAGAAGCAGCAGAGAAAAACGGUUGGUUCACAGUUCCGUGAAAGCUUGACGCAGCUUAUAACGACGCUCCACAACACGACGCCACAUUACGUUCGAUGCAUAAAGCCCAACGAUGACAAAGCACCGUUCAAAUGGGAAGCACCGAAAAUCGUGCAGCAGCUGCGCGCUUGCGGGGUGCUCGAAACAGUCCGCAUUUCGGCCGCCGGCUUCCCGUCGCGCUGGAAGUACGAAGACUUCUACGAUCGCUACCGGUUGCUGUGCCAAUCGGCGUCGAACGGUGGCGAGCUGAACGUGAAGGACACGUGUGCCAGCAUCGUGCAGCGCUGGUUGGUCGACGCGGACAAGUACCGGUUGGGUAAGACGCAGCUGUUCUUUCGCGCGGGCCAGGUGGCCUAUCUGGAGCAGGUCCGUAGCGACACCCGAAAGAAGUACAUCGUCAUCGUGCAGUCGCUGAUCAGGCGGUUCGUCUGUCGAAGGCGCUACCUGCGGCUCAAGCAGACCGCACUCGGGCUGCAGCGUCACGCCCGUGGAAUGUUGGCAAGAAAGCGAGCGGAUAACUUACGGAAAAACCGUGCAGCGAUUACGAUCCAGCGGUACACCCGUGGUUGGUUGCAGCGCAAAAAGUACGUGCAGAUCCGUCGGGCUGUGCUCGGGAUACAAACGCGCGCUCGCGGCUUUAUGGCACGACGCACGUUCCGUGCAGUGCUGGACAACUACAAGGCUACCCAGAUCCAACGGUUCUGUCGUGGUUACCUGGCGCGUCGGCGUUACCGCGAGCGGUUGGCGCACAUCAUCAAGUGUCAGGCUGCGGUUCGGCGAUUCCUGGCGCGACGUGCGUUUAAGAAGCUGAAGGCUGAGGCACGCACCGUGGCGCAUAUCCAGAAGAUGUACAAGGGCCUGGAGAACAAGAUUAUCGAGUUGCAGCAGCGGUACGACGGGCUGUCGAAGGAGAACGCCGGCCUCCGGAAGCAGAACGCUGAGGUGCUGGAGUUGCGCCAGAAGCUCGAAGGCAUGAAGCGGCUGGAGGCUGAGUUAAAGCUUCUCCAACUGCAGCUGGUCGAACGGGACGAAAAGCUGGUACUCUCCAUCCGCCAGCUGGAGGGUGAACGGGAUGAAAAGAUGCAGCUGCUCGAGGAGAAGCAACGGGAGGAGGAAGAGCGCCUGCGCGAGCGAGAUGCGUUCGAGCAGGAGUUGAAAAAGGUGCGCCAACAGGUGACGGAGAUUACGGCCGUCCAGCAGGUCGAACGGGCCCGGUUGGUAUCGCAGGCGGACACCGACGAGAUCCAUGCCGCCUACCAGCGCACGGUGAAGGACAAGGACACGCUGGAGAACGAAAACGUGGCGCUCCGGCAGGAGGUGCGCCGGCUGCAGCGCAUUAUGGCGGACUCGCAUGAGCUGAAAACUCAUUCACGCUCCGUCAGCAAUGCGUCCAGCACGAACGAGGAGGACUACGGCUACACCUCCGGGCGCAACACGCUGGACAUCCGGCACGCCUCGCCGCAUCCGUACGAAGGUGAUGUCGGGGGUGGCACUGUGCGCGGGGCUCACCGCGGCCCCAGUGGGUCUGUUGGUGGUAAUUAUAGCGUUAGUAGUACAAUUGUCGCUAGUCACGGUGAGCGAAGGGGUGAGAAAAAGCAUCCUUUCAUCGAUUAUGAUCGGGUACACCGGAUUCCGCCGGAGUCGAUCGGACUGCUGAAAGAUCCUUCUGAUUCGCAUGUAGGCGAUUCCCCGGAAAAAGACCAGACUGCCAUCAUUCUCCGGAUGCGUAAGCUGUUCGAGGAGGAAAAAUCCAAGAGCGAACAGCUUCGGAAGGAGUUGACGCGGCUGAAGAAAUCAUCCACCGUCAGCACCGAGGAUUCGAUCCGUGCGUCCGAGCUCGAGGUGGAGAACGAGAAGCUCCGGCAGGAUUACAAUCUACUACGGAACAGCAUCAAGCGGGGUGUGGAAUCGCGCGAGAUGGAGGCACAGUACGGUGCCCUGCAGGAGGAGCUGAAGCGGCGCCGGGAGGAAUGUAUCUCGCUCAAGGCUGUCCUGGCACAGCAGAGCCAAUCGUUACGUUCGCUCGGCCAGGCCGUCAACGGGGAGACGAGCCUACGGAUACACGACGAGGGUGAGCUGAUGGAGGCGUUCCAGGCGCAGAAACUGGUCAACCGGCAGCUCGAGUCGGAGCUGCGUGCCAUCACGGAUGCGAAUAAUGAAUCGCUAGUCGAAAGCAACCGCAUCAUCGACGGGUUGAAGGCGGAAAAUGGUGAACUGCAGGCGAUCCUGCAGCAGCACGUCGAGGAGAACGACGCACAAGAACCGCCGGUGGACGUGGAUACGCUGCGACAGACCGAGCAGUACCUGCGGCACGAGCUACGCAAGUCAACGGGCGAGUAUGUGGGACUGCAGGAGCAACUGAACGAGCUGCUGGCAAAGAACAACGAGCUGCUGAAGAAGAACAACAUCCUGGCGAACCGAUUGCGCGAUCACGGGCUAAACGAUUCGAUCCUCAUGAACGAUGAGUUCCACAACAUGGUGGCGGUGGUGAAGAAACAAACGCAAUCCUCGCAGGGCAUCCUAAAGUACCGCCAGGAGGACGAGAGCAAGAUUAUGCAGCGUCUCGUGACGGACCUGAAACCACGGGUGGCGGUUACACUUGCGCCGAGCUUGCCGGCGUACAUGGUGUUUAUGUGCAUCCGGUACACGGAUCUAGUCAAUAUGGACCAACACGUGCGCUCGCUGCUGACUCGCUUCGUGCAGAUGAUCAAGCGACUAUACAAGGGCGCAAAUUCGGUGGAAGUGCGCGUCAUGUGGCUGGCCAAUACCCUUACUCUACACAAUCUGAUGAAACAGUUCGGCGGCUAUCCGGAGUACAAGAAGUACAACACGGACGCACAGAACGCGCAGCAGCUGAAGAACUUUGAUUUGGCCGAAUACCGGCAGGUGAUACACGAGACGAUCGUCUCCAUCCACGGCGUGCUGAUACGGCAGAUACAGGAAAGCCUCAAGCAGUACGUCGUGCCGGCGAUUCUGCACCACGACGAGACGGCCCGGGGCAAGAGCCGGCGUACCAUGUCGCUCGACAUGUCACCCGAACAGCAGGGCCGAUCCGAGCCGGAACUGUUGGUCCAGCAGCUCGAGUGUGUGUACAACCAUCUGGCCAGCUUCGGGCUGGACGGUUGCUACAUCGAGCAGAUUUUCAAGCAGCUCAUGUACUUCAUCUGCGCCGUCUCGGUCAACAACCUGAUGCUGCGCGGUGAUCUGUGCAUGUGGAAGACGGGCAUGAAGCUGCGCUUCAAUAUGGGCUGCCUGGAGGGUUGGGUGCGCACGAAAAACAUGAGCACGUCCGACGUGAUGAAACCGUUUCAGCCGUUGAAUCAGAUCUCCUCGAUACUGCAGCUGCGCAAAACCGAGGAGGACGUACAAACGCUGCUGGAGCAAUGCACGUUACUUUCCACCGCGCAGGUUUUGAAGAUCAUUAAAUCCUACAAACCGGACGAUUGCGAGGACCAGAUCAAACCGGCUUUCAUCGAGCGGUUGACGCAGCAGUUGAACCUUCGCUCCGAGCAGCGCGAAUCCGACACGUACAUGAUGGACGAAGAGAUCGUCAGCCCACUGGUCGUCGUGUUUAAGUAUAGCGAGAUCAACUUGGAGGAGAUCGAAAUACCACCCGAGCUGAACCUCGAGGGACUAGUGACCAUGAUUUAAAGGCUUUCGCCUCCAUUUUCCUAAGCUCGGUUAGUAAAAGUAGAAGAAAUAUAGGAAGCGUAUCGCGUAGGGCUCAGUUUACGCUAAACUACGGUUAAGAUUGUUACAUCAUAUUGGAUACCGGCGUCAGAAGGUGGGUACCAUUUGUUAGUGAACUACGGAAACAUACCUGAAUGAAGUGCAAUUGGUUUUUUCUCGCUAAUCAAUCAUCAUUCCCGAUUGCGGCGCUCUCCGCACGCAUGAUAUGUUAAUAGAUUUUUGUUACGUUUAAUAAUGAUGAACUGUGAAGAAUCGGGGUUGGGACUAACAUUUCUUGGACUAAUUGGAAACGCGUGUGCCUCGUUAUGGGAGAAGAAAACUGGUUGAUGGAUGGAGAAUGAUGUUGACCGUUGAUAUUCAUUCCAUUGGCCCAGUAGAGUUUGUCGAGAACUCGGGACCUAUCCUUUGUUGUUAUCAUAGUUGCUCAUGUGAGAUGGUUUAAGGCAGGAACAAGGCAGGAGUAGAAAUUAAGGUGUCUCGAAAACAUCAAUUUUCAAUACAUCAUCGCAAAAACGGCUUUGGGAAGCAUCGGGUUUCGAGUAAUUUCGCGUGAUUGUGUGCACCACCUGCACCAACCAAGGGACUAGAGCAUACGUACUUACGAACGGUUGAUGAUGAUGAUGAUGUUAUAUUUACA